CUAAACCCACAACAGUGAAAUCAGUCUGUAGAUGCAGGAAAGCAUGCUUGUUACUCACUGUGGGACCUAAGGGGUUAAUCCUCUGCAUUGUGUAAAAAAUGUGGUUUGAUCCCAUCGUCUCUGAUCCUCCCCUUCUUCCAGUGUCUCCCUCUUAUCUCCUGAUAAGACAUCGCGUGGAGACACUGUGCACAAGCUCAGUUUGGUGUGUAUUGCUAGAAGUUUUUGGUUUUCUUCUUGGGAGAGUGCAUGUGAUCAGCACAGGGCCAAUCAGCACUGCCCAGACAGAGAGGGGUUCUGCAUCCUCCUAGAGAAAACUCCCCCUAUAAGUUUUAACCAGUGCUCUGCUGGACACUGAUAGAAGGCUUUAAAGGAUAAAUUCACCUUUCGGAACAUGGUACAUGUUCCACCUGUUUUUAGGGGAGGGAGA